GCUCCUCAAGUAUUCUGUAAUUAAGGGCCGCAGUGCUAUUUAGAUAUUAAAAGUAAAUAUUUAAUAUUAAACAGACCAGAAGGUGAGAGUUUUAUUCUGAAUUACAGCCUGUUCCCCCAAGUGUUCUAUCAGUCGCUAUAAAAAUCGUGCUCCCCGGGGGACUGCGGCUGUGUUACUAUGGUGAAGCCUGGGCGACGCACUCGAAGGCUUCUACCAAAUAUAGCCGCCACUCGCACAAGAGAACUAAGAAUUAUUUCGUGUGAAAAAUACUCAUUAACUUCAGAUGGAAACAACACGCAGAGAUGGCAGAGUAAUAAAUCGGCGCUCCCCCCCCCGGUGGCUGGUUCCAAACACCGUGUGUCCAACUCGACAGGUAAAAGGAGAGGGAUCCAGGUGAUGGUGCUGCUGCCUAGAGAAGAGGUCUCUCAGAGAAGAGCAUUCUGACCUUCCAGCCACAACUACUCCCGCCCAAUUGGGACACACUAUGGGCACUGGUGUAGAUUCCACGUCAUCCAGCCCCAUGCGGCUCAAGCAGGAACUCUCCCUUCUCCACGGCGUCUGCCUCAUCGUGGGCAACAUGAUCGGCUCGGGCAUCUUCGUCUCGCCGAAGGGUGUGCUGCAGUACACGGGCUCGUUCGGCCUCUCGCUGGUUGUGUGGGUCAUUGGUGGCAUCUUCUCAGUCUUUGGUGCGCUGUGCUACGCCGAGAUGGGCACCACCAUCCGCAAGUCGGGCGCCAGCUACGCCUACAUCUUGGAGUCCUUUGGGGGCUUCCUGGCCUUCAUCCGAUUGUGGACAUCGUUGAUGAUCGUGGAGCCAGCCUGCCAAGCCGUCAUCGCCCUUACCUUCUCCAACUAUCUGGUCCAGCCCUUCUACCCAACAUGCAUGUCCCCUUACGCUGCUGUGCGCCUCAUUGCCGCCCUCAUCGUUGGCCUUCUGACCUUUGUGAACUGCAUGAAGGUGAAAUGGGCUGCCACCCUGCAGGUGAUCUCCACAGUGGCCAAGGUGCUGGCGCUCAUCGUCAUUAUCAUCGCUGGCUUGGUGAAGUUGGGUCAAGGCAAUGUGCAGAACUUUGAGGACUCCUUCAAGAACUCCAGCGUGGACCCAGGCAACCUUGCCCUGGCACUGUAUUCGGCGCUGUACUCCUACUCCGGCUGGGACACCCUCAACUUCAUCACGGAGGAGAUAAAGAACCCUGAGAGGAACCUCCCUCUGUCUAUAGCGAUCUCCAUGCCCAUCGUCACGGUGAUCUACAUCCUGACCAACGUGGCGUACUACACGGUGAUGAGCCCAGACACGGUGCUGAACAGCGAGGCGGUUGCUGUUACGUUUGCAGACGAGGUGUUGGGCUAUGCCAAGUGGCUGAUACCCCUGUCGGUGGCCAUCUCCUGCUACGGGGGGCUCAACUCGUCCAUCAUCGCCGCCUCCAGGCUCUUCUUCGUGGGGUCUCGGGAGGGCCAUCUCCCCAAUCUCCUCUGCAUGAUCCACAUAACACGGUACACGCCUGUCCCCGCCCUACUCUUCAAUGGGGGGAUGACCCUCAUCUACCUGUGCGUGAGGGAUGUCUUCCAGCUUAUUAACUACUUCAGCUUCAACUACUGGCUCUUCAUUGGCCUCUCCGUCGGCAGCCAGAUAUACCUCCGUGUGACAGCACCCAACCUACCCCGCCCAGUCAAGCUGAGCCUCUUCUUCCCCAUCGUCUACUGCCUGUGCAGCGUAUUCCUGGUGGUGGUGCCCCUCUAUAGUGACACUGUAAACUCCCUGGUGGGCAUCGCCGUGGCCCUCUCCGGCGCACCUGUCUACUACCUCUGCGUGCACCUGUCCCCCCAGGCCCGGCCCAAAUUCCUGGGAGAGAUUCUGGGUAUGAUCUCGCUCAACACCCAGAAGCUGUGCAUGUGCUGUGUGGCCGAGCCGGACCUGGACAACCUGCCCGAAAGCAAGGAUAACUGAGUGGGAGGGGGGGGCUUCCCUAGAACGUGUUACCUGUUGGACUUAGGUGUGCUGAACCCUACCAGUAAGGGUUUUAACUCUGAGGGAACACGGGGGGCCACGGAACUCAACAUGAAGUCUGUCCCUGUCUUUCUUCUUCAUCGGGGGUCGGGGGGACACUGCUGAGGAGAGCGGGGGGAAAAAAAAAAACGUUUAUAGAAGUUCACUUGGUUUAAAUUGCUGCAAAAGCUGUUAUGAAAGGAAAUAUUUUAGGGUCAAAUUUUUUUUUAUUUUUUUUUUUUAAAAAUGACUGAGUCCAAUUAUAAUUGGACUAUAAUUAUCUACAAUAAGUUGGGUUACUGGCACAACUUUUACUUUGGACAGGAGAGGGAUCACAUGCAUCUCAGAAGGACUAAAGAAAUAAUGCUUUUAUUUUUCCAUUAUCAGUCAGUGGCAUUUCAGAUUUUGUGUAACUGGUACUUUGACACUUUAGUGAGCGCUUUUGUGCUUCUUUAAACAUUUCGUGUCCAGUGAAAGAACCACGCAUCCUGGAGUCCAAACACUACUUAAGGCAGUGUUUUUUGGAAAUUACUUUUUCUUAACUUAGAUGUGGUAAGUGCUCAGCAAAGAAGCCAAAAGCACAGCGUUGCACCAAAUGAUGCAGCACAGUUCCUGGGCUGUGUUUAAAUGCACACACGUAAGGACUUUGCAGCAAUACCUCGAAACGGACAGUGGCCUGGGAUGGUGUGCAGCUGCACUGCUGUCCACACGCUGAGCUGGCUUACUGUGCCGGUUGAACACCUCUUUUAGAAAGUUUCCCUACAUGUAUAGGGUUCCACUUUCUGGAGAUUGUUCAUUUUUAAGCCUUAUGAAGUUAUUUUCUGUUGUGCAGCCAAAGGUCCUUAUAUUCUGGGCAGAGGGGCUCUAUGUUAGGAGCAGGCGAUGACCUGGAAGGCAGUUGCAAGCUGUUGUGCCCCCUGGUGGAAGCAAAAAGAAACACAAGCUGCUGUUCCUUUAUUCUGCAGUUCAAUGCAAUUCAUAGCUGGUUAACAGCAGAGCAAAUUUUUCUCUACUUUUUGAUAAGUGACGCAAAAGUCGCUCUUAAAUGAAUAUAAAGUCUGUCAGUGCCCCAUGUCAAGACUCAAGGUACAAUGCUGGGUGGAGCACAAAAAAAAAAAAAACCAUAUGCUGUACUUCCAGAUUACUGUUAGUAGACAAACGUGGAAAAUGCUGCUUUUUCUGAUGUUCUGUCUUUGCAAUAAUACACAGUCAGAGGGGCUUGUUGCUGUGGCAGGCCGCUUACCUCUGUUGUGACUUGGUGCUGCUUACAAAGGGGAAUAUUGAACCUGUCAUUCGAUGACACAGAUGACCUGUCCAUGGUUUCUGCUGUACCUCUUAUUUCCUUUUUGAUAUAAAUCAUCAGAUGUGCUGUAAACUUGUGACAUUCCAGUCAGACAUGUGUCCAGGCUCUGGUUUUUUUUUUUUUUUUUU